GAGCGACCAGACUGCAGGCAACAAGAACAAGGAGGAGAAGCCAACCACCAGAACAGUACCGCAAGGCAGCGCGCACACACAGUCCACCCAAGCAAAGCAAACCAACGAGAAGCACAGGGCGCCUCGUCCGUUCCGCAAAAAAUGCCGUCGUCCUUUCUGCCGACCCCGUUCUCCCCCCCUGCCCUUUCUCCGGGCAGAACCCGCGGCGGUUCUGGUGCAAGCCCCUACACGGGCACCGGCAACAGCACCAGCACCAGCACCAGCACCCCCGGCAGCGGAAGCCACAACAAGCGGCAGCUCAUCCGGCCGACGCCCCACAUUCCGUGGUCGGUGGACGUCGUGUCGGCGGUUCCGGGCCCCGUCGUGGAGCACCUGGACUCGGCCCUGGCGGGAGCCACCCACAACAAGUGGGCCUGCCUCGUCUUCCCCAGGGGCAUCGUCUACGUCUGGCAGAUCCAGCAGACGAUCAACCUGGGGGAGCCCCUCCAGCGCCCCAGGGAGUACGCCAAGCUCUACCUCCCGGACCUCCACGUCGAGGGGGGGCCGGCGGGCACGAGAACGAGAACCAAGGCCUCCGCGCCGCUGGUUGCCCUCUCGAGCCCGCACGGGGGGGAAGACCGCGACACGAUCCACCUCUACGCCCUCCACCCGGUCACGGGAUGGCUGGUCCUCAAAAAGAUCACCCGCCGGGACCUCCGGUCGGCCCUGGGAACGCACACGGCCCGGGUCCGCAUCUCUCUCGACCACCAGGCAAGCACCGAAGGCCAAGGCACGGACCCGAACCACGCAAGCACAAAAGCCUCCCUUGUCCGCUUCACCUCCCUGGCCUGCCACAAGUCGAUGGUCGUUGCCGCGACCUCUCGGGGAGACGCCUACUGGAUCACCCACAUUGCCGUUCCCGUGGGAUUGCACGUCCAGAAGGUAGAGGCUCCGGACAAGUCGGGCUUUCUGAGUCGCUUGAUUUUUGGAAGCAGCAGCAACAGCAACAGCAGUGGAAACGACGAUCUUGCGCUGCUGUCACCGGAAAUGGCCGAGGCCGCCGCAGCGACCAUCCUUCCCCUUGCCGAGGACUCGGAAUUCCUGGCACUCUCCGUUCGGUCCGGGGUUGUGAAGUGGAAGUCGGAGCAACCGAUUGCUUCUGGGCACCAGGCAUUCUUUUCUCCCACACCGAUGGGAACCUUGGACGAGUGCCUCGCGGAAUCCUCUCCCGGCAGCAACUGGGCGGUCCAGAAGAUCCUAGGGGCCGCCGUCAGCGUGGAUUUCCGGUUCCUGCACUGCAUCGUCCGGGGGAAACUUUCCGGGAGCGGGGAAUCGAGGCUCUACUGGAUCGUGGCACGCCUGGGGGGCAACGGCAAGAGCAACAGCAACAUCAAUAGCGAAGGGGGUCGCAUGACGAUCCUUCGGUCCCAAUGGCUGUCUCGGUUCGCGCUGCCGGACCAGGUGCGCGUCCUGGGACUGGUCCCGUGCGGGAACGACAGCGUCUACGCCGCGGUUUCCACGGCCAACGAGGCGGUCAUCGUCAUGGCCCUCGUGUCGGGAGGGGGAGAAGGCGAAAGCGAAAGCGAAAGCGACCACGUCAUCCAGGAGGUCGAUCUUCCAACGGCGGAAAUACCGGAUCUCCUGCCGACCAUGAUGGACCGGGACACGAUCACACACGGGUGCUACAUGGUGGCCUCGUCGGGCAUCGGCUUGCGAGCCCGGUACAUGCCCCAGAACCAAGAGGGCCAGAUCCAGCAGUCCCCUUCGAAGCGAAUCAAGCUGGGCAACGACAAGAUCCUCGCGCAGCAUCUUCGCUCGCAUUUUUGGGCCUCCUACUCGGAUCCCAACGUCGACAAGCCCACGCCGCCGUCCCUGCUCCAGGCGGACCCGGUCGACCUGGAAUCCGCCGUGAUACAGAUCGGCGCCGAACUCCAGCAAAAGGGCGACCCGAAGUCGUCUUCCAUCUCGCUCGAAUGGCAUUCGUCCUUCGUUGGACUCCUCCAGAACGACGGGCUCUACCGCCGACUAUCCGAGGACGGAAAGUGGAAGCUCCUGGGAAUCGGGCAAGAACUGCGCACCUUUGGGACGGUGGCGGGGCAGCUAAACGAGUUCAGAAGCACCGAGGAUCGAGAAGCCGUCGAGUCGUGGUGGGGUGGUUUGCAACCCCAGGCCAUGGCCGACUGGUUCCUCUCGGUCCAGCAGACGGUGGAGAAGUCGGGGUGGCUCCAUUCCCGGCUCUGGUACGAGCUCUUGCUGACGGCAAUCUGGGACCUUCUCGGAUUUCGCGAAGACUUCAAGGAAACGGUCUACGACGUGGCAUCGGAACGCUGUACCGAACCCCUGUGGAUCAGCCACCCCUCCAUGAAAGAAAUGCUCAAGCGCCAAAUAAAGCACUGGGAAACGAACUAUCAAGACGUGUCUCCCCAGUUGAUCGAGUGCACCGCCAAGCUUGCUUUGCUGUCCUACAGCGAAUCGAUCCCGCCUUUGCAAGGACCCAACGAAACACCGAUCGAACGCCGGAAGGAGUUUGUCCAGAUGCAAAGGGACGUUCUGUCUCUCUUGCGCCGGGUCUUCGAGGGCAACGACGAAACCGCCUUUGAGUUGUGCGUGCAAUACCGGCAUUUCGACGGCCUCUGCGAGCUCUCCGUCGCGCACGAGAAGAAGCGCGACGCCAGCUCGUACGCGCUCGACCCGCUCUUCGAGACGAUGAAGGGACCGGACUCGAGGAGCGGCUGGUCCUUUCCCCAGCACGUCCUGCAGUGGCAUGCCGACAAGGGUCUCUACGGGCAGGUCGUCAAUUACGGACGCCAUUCCAUAGCCGACCUGAACCGGAUCAUGGACAAACACACGGAGUUGCGCCGGUACAGGUGGAUCCCAACCGUCCGACAGGGCUACUUUGGGCAGGCCACGACUCUGCUGUUGGAAAACUGCAAGGAAAACAACGACCUCGGCAACAACCAAUGGGCCUUGAGCAUGGCGAAACUCACGAACAUGCUCGUGCCCGCUCAGAGCCAGCAAGCGAAAGGCCAGGGACAACAAAUUGAACAAUCCCUGGAACUGGUAGAGGCCCACCAAGAACUGCUGGACGACUCGGACAAAGAAAAGCAAUGCCCAAUGUUGCCGCCCGAGGAACUCGUCGAACUGGCCAUUUCGAAACUGGAAUAUUGCUUCGACCUGGACAAACGCGUUCGCCUUGCCUUUACCGGCUUGUCCGUUUGCAACUUUAUGCAGGACAAGCAGGCCGCCCUCGACCAGAUGUCCAGGAUCUGGGCCGAGUGCCUCCUCGCGGACUUGUCCAGGUGGAGCGAGUGGGCCAUGGAGGGCAUUGGUGGGAGCGGCUCGGAACUGGCGUGGCUGCGCGAGGAAGCCCUCUCCUCCACGGCCUUUGGGUGCCUCCUGGAAGAAUGCCGCAUGGACGCCGCCAUGAAAGACGUCACCUACGGGAGGCACAUCGAGAAGGACGUGAUCGACCGCGUCCAGGGCGACGAGCACCGGGAAUCCUUCACCCGGGUGCUGCGUGCCGUCGCGGACACCGCGGCCACCGACACGAUCCGGGUGGACUCGCUGAUGGUUUCCACGUACUAACUAACAACAAAACAAUAAGCUCGUUCGCGUGCCGCGGGAAGCGCGAGCGAAAGUCUCCCCGGCACGCCUGGUCUGUGCAGAAACACUCUUUCGGAGGGAACGGGCUGCCGCCGUCGGACGGUGGAAUCGAAUCGAGGCAGCAGCAAAACAUGCUUGUGGCGAAUCGAAACGCACGGUACGCAUCACGACCUUGGAUGUUUCCCGAUUCAUUCCUGCUACGUGUCGAUGGCUCGGCAGGAAAUGCUUUCCGGCACUCGGGAGGUACCACUGUCCGUGUUUCCUGCGAAACGACGUAGCCAUGUAGCUUUGUAUCCUUUCUACUCUUGCGUCGAACACAAUCUGGAUAUCGCUCACCACGAUGAUAGAAAUGGCUCGUUCAAGUUUGUACUUUUAAGUAUAAUUGCCAAAGCGCGGUCUGUCCUAAAAUUGCCAACUCGGAAACAUUUAAGCUUUAAACGCGAAAAAAAUACUAUGUUUAUGUUUGAAAAGGAUUCGGCGUCUGCAAGAGGCGUGGGCUUACAUGGGGGCUCUCUGAUAUGAUUCAUUUGGUUUAUUGUGAUCUAGUUCUCGUCGUCGUCGUCGUCGUCGUCAUCGUGUGCAGCUGGCUCCAAGUUCGAAAGAAAUUGAUCGCGUGGAACCGGCAGCGCAGGUGAGUUCAAGGGAUCGAGUCCGUGGAGUCGCGUUCCGGCCAACAUCUGCUCUGGCAACUCGUCUUCGUGGUUUCCCUGAAUGACAAAUCCCAGAUCGAUCGUUAGAACGUUGGUGUAGGUCCGGACCAUCGACAGGAUGCCGCGAGCCGCCGACGACGCGACAAUGUCCAAAUCCAUUUCCAAAUACAUGGCUUUUCCGUCUUCUUCCUUUUCGUACACAUAGCUCACCGGCAUUUUAGUGCCAAGAAUGGCUGGUUUGUUCCCAACCACCGAUUUCACAACCCAUGGACCAUCCACGACUGAUGGCACAAUCUUGAGGAGUUCAUCUUUUUCUUGCGCAGAACUCUGACAAUACCGGGCAGCACAGCGUUGACCUGGAGUCAUGUCGUCCGUAGAAGCUAGAGAUGACUUGUCGAACUCUGGGUCGUGCCCUGCUUUGAUGAAUGGAAUAUACAUAUCUGGGAUUG